AUGUCCAAGACCUUUACAACAAGCGAUGUUGCGUCGCAUAACAAGCCUGGAGACUUGUACAUCAUUGUCGACGGCGAUGUUUACGACUUGACAAAGUUCCAGGACGACCACCCUGGCGGCAAGAAGAUCCUCCAGCGCGUUGCUGGUAAAGACGCUUCUAAGCAGUUCUGGAAGUACCACAACGAAGGAAUCCUCAAGAAAUACAAGAACCAGCUCCUAGUCGGCUCUCUUGACUCCAAGCCCAAGGCUCCCGAACCCAAACCUGCGGCCAAAGCCGCCCCCCUGCCUGCAGCCCCUACACCCAAGACCGUCAAGACUGUCGAGAAGGAGGUUGCCGCCAAAGAGGAAGAAGCCGAGGCUCUGGAGCCAUUCGGUGACCAGAUUCCCUUUGCUGACCCUGCUUGGUAUCAAAGCUACCACUCACCUUACUUCAACGAAUCUCAUGCUGCUCUCCGCGCUGAGGUCCGUGAAUGGAUCGAGAACGACAUCGAACCCCAUGUCACUGACUGGGACGAGGCCAAGGAGGUCCCUGAAGAGAUAUACAAGGAGAUGGGUCGCCGCGGUUACCUUGCCGGUCUUCUCGGUGUCAAGUACCCAACUCAAUAUGCUCCCGAGGGUGGUGUCAAGUCCGUCCCUGCUGAGAAGUGGGAUCUUUUCCACGAGAUGAUCAUCACCGAUGAGCUGUCCCGCACUGGCUCUGGUGGUUUCGUCUGGAACAUCAUUGGUGGUUUCGGUAUCGGCUGCCCUCCUCUUAUGAAGUUUGGUAAGAAGGCGCUCAAGGACCGCAUCAUGCCUGGUAUCCUCAGUGGCGAGAAGCGAAUCUGCUUGGCUAUCACCGAGCCUGAUGCUGGCAGUGAUGUUGCCAACUUGACAUGCGAGGCUAAGUUGAGUGAGGAUGGCAAGCACUACAUCGUCAACGGCGAGAAGAAGUGGAUCACCAACGGUAUCUGGUCCGACUACUUUACCGUCGCUGUACGAACUGGCGAGGCUGGAAUGAACGGUGUUUCAUUGCUUCUCAUUGAGCGUAGCGAGGGUGUCUCGACUCGACGCAUGCCUUGUCAAGGUGUUCUAUCUUCAGGCACAACAUAUAUCACCUUUGAGGAUGUCAAGGUCCCUGUUGAGAACCUGCUCGGCAAAGAAAACCAAGGUUUCAAGGUUAUCAUGACCAACUUCAACCAUGAGCGCAUGGGUAUUAUCAUCCAGUCCCUCCGAUUCUCUCGUGUUUGCUACGAGGAGUCCGUCAAGUACGGCAGCAAGCGACGUACCUUUGGCAAGAAGCUCAUCGACCAUCCUGUCAUCCGUAUGAAGCUCGCCCACAUGGCCCGCCAAAUAGAAGCUUCAUACAACUGGCUUGAGAAUCUUAUCUACCAGUGCGAGCGCAUGGGAGAGACUGAGGCCAUGCUGAGACUUGGCGGUCCUAUCGCCGGCCUCAAGGCACAGUCUACACUCACCUUUGAAUUCUGCGCCCGAGAGGCCAGUCAGAUCUUUGGAGGACUGAGCUACUCUCGUGGUGGACAGGGCGCCAAGGUCGAGCGACUCUACCGUGAUGUGAGAGCGUACGCUAUUCCUGGUGGCAGUGAAGAGAUUAUGCUUGAUCUCAGCAUGCGACAGAGUUUGAGAGUAGCAAAGGCGGUAGGCAUGAAACUGUAA